AUUGCUGGUAUGAAAAAAAGACUGGAGUCGGAAAAGAAGAGGAAAGUAGAGGUUGAGAAUUCGAAGAUGGAUAAAGAGCAAAUGGCGAUCGAAGCUGAACGGAUGCACAGCCAAGCGGUUGAAAGGGCCGGGGAAUUGUCGUUGCAAUUGAAGUUGGCAAAAGAGGAAUUGUUGAAAGCUCAACAGGAACUUUAUAAAGAGCGAGAGAACGAGCGGACCAAAAUGGGAGAAAUUUCGGGACUGUUAAGCGCGAUAAAGAAUGUGAAGGCCAGGAUUGCCAAGGUUGAUGCAGAGCGUCAGCGACAACAG